UCUAUUAAAAUGGCUGAGAAAAACUCCUCUCAUUUUCAUACAUUCUUACUAUGGAUUCUUCUUUUUUCAUUUGCAAAACUCAGCAAAUCGUUGCCUCUUUCAACAAGUUCAAGAUGGAUACUUGAUGAUAAAACUGGGAGCAGAGUGAAGCUAACUUGUGUCAACUGGGUAGGCCAUUUAGAGCCCUUGAUAGUAGAGGGGCUGCAGAAGAAGCCAUUGCCCUAUAUUGUUGACAAUGUAGCUUUGAUGGGAUUCAACUGCGUACGGCUAACGUGGGCUACUUUCAUGUUCACCAGAGAAAACUACGGAAACCUCACAGUCAGAGAGUCCCUUAAUCAGUUGAGCCUCGAUGGAUCCGUGGCAGGCAUUGCAAUGAAUAAUCCUCAAUUGCUGGAUGCCACCGUUGUUGAGGUCCAAAAGGCUGUUGUCUAUGAGCUUGGGAGAAAGAACAUCAUGGUAAUAUUGGAUAAUCAUGUCAGUAAACCUCAAUGGUGCUGUGGUGGAGAUGAUGGAAAUGGUUUCUUUGGAGAUGAAUUCUUUGAUCCCAAGGAAUGGUUACAAGGCCUUACUGCAGUUGCAAACCUGUACAAGGAUGCUCCUAAUGUUGUAGCCAUGAGCAUGAGAAAUGAGCUACGAGGUCCACGCCAGAACACAAAUGAUUGGUACGAGUACAUCCCGCAAGGAGCAGCAGUCAUUCAUGGAGAAAACCCAUCUUUGCUUAUCAUAGUUUCAGGUCUUGGGUACGAGACUGACCUUAGUUUUGUAAAGGAAAAGCCACUAGUACUGAAUUUCACAAACAAGCUGGUGUACGAGGCGCAUUGGUAUGCAUUUGAUACUCCAUGGCAAAUCUGGUUGUCUCAAACCAAUCAGAUAUGUGCACAAAGGAGCCAACGUUUUGCGGAUCAUUCUGCUUUUGUUGUCAGCAGCAGUAACCCUGUUCCUCUGUUUUUGAGUGAAUUUGGAGCCGAUCAAAGAGGUGGGAAUGAGGCAGAUAACAGGUAUUUGAGUUGCUUGUUGGCAUUUGUAGCCGAGCACGAUUUGGAUUGGGCCUUGUGGACAUUGCAGGGAAGCUAUAUACUUAGGCAAGGCGUGGUUGAGUUGGAGGAAGUGUAUGGGAUGUUUGAUGUCAACUGGGAUCACAUCAGGAACUCAACUCUUUCGCGGAGGCUGCAGCUUGUAAAACAGAUUAUUUGGGAUCCAAAGUCGAAUAACACAACACAUUCCAAGCUUUAUCAUCCCCAGAGUGGCCUAUGUGCCCAGAUUGGAAAUAACGGUAGUGUCCGGGGUAGUGAUUGCCAAAGUCCAGGUCGCUGGAAACAACAGGAAGCUGGGAGUUCAAUUCAACUGGAGGCCGAGGGGACAUUUGGGUGUUUAAGGGCUGUUGGUGAUGGUCAGCCGGCAACUGUUUCAAGUGAUUGUGGGAACCAAACGACUUUGUGGAAAAUGGUUUCAAGCUCCCAGCUUCACAUUGCUGCCCAAGGUGGAUAUUUGUGCUUGGAGAUGAACUCUUCCGACUCGAUGGUUGUCACUAGGAAGUGUCUGUGCUUGGACGAGAAUUCCAAUGACGUUCCUAAUUGUGCUGAAAAUCCUGAGGGGCAAUGGUUUAAGCUUGUUCCUACAAAUGAAAGCUAAUUUUUUAUUUUUUUUUUGGAUAAAAAAUGUGCAAACACUUUAUUUAAACGGUGAGUAGGGCCUGAAGCGAGGCCAUGUAAUGUUUGGACUGUAAGGAAGGUGGGGCCGGGUGG